CUGGAGCAGAUUGGGGAUGACUCUAAGCAAGCCCUGCAGCAGCUUCAGACCCAGAUGGAAGAUUACAAGGAAAAGGCCCGGCGGGAAGUGGCAGAUGCCCAGCGCCAAGCCAAAGAUUGGGCUAGUGAGGCUGAAAAGAACUCUGGGGGACUGAGCCGGCUACAAGAUGAGACCCAGAGACUGCGGCAUGCCCUGCAAACAUCUCAGGCAGAACGGGACACAGCCCGGCUGGACAGAGAGCUGAUGGCCCAGCGAUUGCAGGGGCUGGAGCAAGAAGCAGAGAACAGGAAGCGCUCCCAGGAUGAUAAGAUUCGGCAACUGAAGAGCCUCGAG